UAGGUUAUGCGUGAUCCUAGCCCACGUCCUGGCCGCUAUUCCACGUGCUGUGAUUAUUUCCCAAUUCAUCAUUGAUAAUAAAUCAAAAUAAUCAUUGUAAAAUGGGUAAAGCGAAGAAAAUAAAGGUUUCGAAGCGAGAUCCUCAGGAUGUUAAAAUUGGCUUAGCAGAACAAAUCAACAGCGAAAAAGUGGUCAAGCAGAAGAACAGAACAAAAAUUAGGCACCGAAAAGAUGAGGAUGAAGAAUUUGUCGACUCUGGUCUCUCGCAAAAGAUUUUGUCACAAGCCAGGCGUCAACAAAUGGAAAUGGAGGAGGAGGGUGAAAUGGAAAGACCUUCAAAGUCUCCAAAAAAACCUGUUACUAAACUUGGCAACGAUGAUAGCGAGGGUGAAGCAGAAUCAAGUGAAGAUGAAAUAGGAGAUCACUAUUUCGACAACAUAGAAAUCAAUGAAGAAGACGAACGGGCUUUAGAGAUGUUUAUGAACAGAGAUAAAGCGCCGAUGCGAACAUUAACUGAUAUCAUAAUGGACAAGUUGACUGAGAAAAAGACUGAAAUUCAUACACAAUUCUCUGACGCUGGUUCCAUUCAGAUGCAGGAACUUGAUCCAAGGGUUCGACAAAUGUAUGAAGGAGUUAGAGAUGUGCUGGCUAAAUACCGCAGUGGGAAAUUACCAAAAGCGUUCAAAAUUGUGCCAAACUUGAAGAACUGGGAACAGAUAUUGUACAUUACAGAUCCACCUAAAUGGUCUGCUGCUGCGAUGUAUCAAGCAACUAGAAUUUUUGCAUCCAAUUUGAAAGAGAAAAUGGCACAAAGAUUUUUCAACCUCGUUUUAUUACCUCGUGUCAGGGACGACCUUGCAGAAUAUAAAAGGCUCAAUUUUCAUCUAUACCAAGCAUUAAGAAAAGCUUUAUUCAAGCCUGGUGGUUUUAUGAAAGGCAUACUAUUGCCGCUUUUGGAUUCUGGUUCUUGUACACUGAGAGAAGCUACCAUAAUUGGUUCGGUAGUUGCCAAAAAUUCUAUUCCAAUCUUACAUUCAUCCGCAGCAAUCUUAAAAAUUGCAGAAAUGGAUUACACCGGUGCCAAUAGCCUCUUUUUGAGAAUAUUUUUGGACAAAAAAUAUGCCCUCCCAUAUCGUGUCGUAGAUGCUGUUGUAUUUCAUUUCCUGAGAUUUAGCACAGACUCAAGAGACUUGCCUGUUCUCUGGCAUCAAGCACUUUUAACAUUUGUUCAGCGUUACAAAAGUGAUGUCAGUUCAGAACAGAGGGAUGCUCUGCUGGAAUUACUGAAGAAGCAAUCACAUCAUUCAAUUACUGGCGAAGUACGGAGAGAACUGCAACAUGCCAAAUGCAGGGAUAUUGAAGCUACAGAGCCUAAGAGUGAACCUAUGUUGAUUACAUGAAAGGCUAUUCUCAGAAUUGGCUCAAGAUGAGAUGAUAUUAAAGCAAUUACGCCUGUAAUUCAUUGUUUGAAACAUGUAAAUAUUUAAUAAAAUGUCUAACAUGAAA